UGGGCGAGGUGUUUUCUUUUUUUUUUAAACGUGUGGCGCGUGUGUUGUAGUGUGAAGUUCUGAUGGCUGGAGCUGCAGAUACGUAUGCUACGUGGAACAGAACUCUUCAGGAAGAUGGGUCUGUGUGUGAGUGAGAGAGCGUAAGGUGGGAGUGAUGCGUGUAACAGUGCGGCGGCAGUCACAGGUAUGGGGAUCGAUUCUCCUGCCGGAGCUGAGGAGUUUUUGUGUCGGUGGUUUCUUUGUGUGUAAGCGCAGGAUGUCCCACUGGUUCGGUUCAGUUCUGCUCAGAUUUUCUGAGAAACCGUCUCUCAGUGGGCUGCUGGAAUCUCCUCGGUUGUCCACGGCCUCGGUCAGCAGCAGUGACCGGGCGUCCACAGCCACACUGUCCGACUGCUCAGAUUUCCCGGACAGUGCAAGGCCCGUGAGUGUGGUGUCCACAGUCUCAUCCGGAUCUGGCUCAUCGCGGGACGACAUCGGCCCUGUUGGUGCCGCACUGACCGCUGAGGAUGACCUGGAGCUGGACCUGUGUCCUGCAGCGGAGAGUGGCGAGACGCAGGAACUUAAACAUUCACCCCCACAGCACUAUGAAGUGUGUGCUGAGCUGAGCGACCACAGUGGUGUGUGUGUGCAGAACCAGAACAGUGAUCGCUCAGUGAACAGUCUGAUCCCCUUCGCCUCAAAAGCCAUGGCUCCCAACCCCCAGCUCACUUACCUGGACCGUGUGAUCAUGGAGAUCAUCGAGACAGAGCGGAUGUAUGUGAGGGAUCUCCGCAGCAUUGUGGAGGAUUAUUUGGCCCACAUAAUCGACAUUGCUGACUUGCCCAUUGGCCCAGAGCAGGUGUGUGCGCUCUUUGGAAACAUAGAGGACAUAUACGAGUUUAACAGUGAACUGUUGCAGGCACUGGACUUGUGUGAGAAUGACCCAGUGGCGAUCGCCAGGUGCUUCGUGCUUAAGAGUGAAUAUUUUGAGAUCUACACUCAGUACUGCACCAACUACCCCAAUUCAGUUGCAGCUCUCACAGACUGCAUGAGGAACAAAACUCUGGCGAAAUUUUUCCGGGAGCGGCAGGAGGUUCUGAAACGCUCACUCCCACUCGGCUCCUAUCUGCUCAAACCUGUCCAGAGAAUCCUAAAAUAUCACCUGCUGCUUCAGGAAAUAGCUAAGCACUUUGACCCUGAGGGGGAGGGGUAUGAGGUGGUGGAGGAAGCCAUCUACACAAUGACUGGAGUGGCGUGGUACAUUAAUGAUAUGAAGAGAAAACAUGAACAUGCUGUCCGUCUGCAGGAGGUCCAGUCACUGCUCAUUAACUGGAAAGGUCCAGACCUGACCACGUAUGGAGAGUUGGUGCUGGAGGGCACAUUCCGCGUCCAUCGCGCCAAAAACGAACGAACGCUUUUCCUCUUCGACCGCAUGCUGCUGAUCACUAAACGCCGUGGGGAGCAUUAUGUCUACAAAACACACAUUUCAUGUUCCACACUGAUGCUAAUCGAGAGCGCCAAAGACUCACUGUGCUUCAGUGUGACACACUACAAACACCCCAAACAGCCCCACACUGUGCAGGCACGGACAGAGGAGGAGAGGAAACUGUGGUCUCAUCACAUCAAACGCCUUAUUUUAGAGAAUCACCAGGCUGUCAUUCCACAGAAGGCAAAGGAUGCCAUCCUAGAAAUGGAUUCCAUAUAUCCAAAGUACAGAUACAGCCCUGAGAGACUAAAAAAGGCUGUGAGCCAAUCAGAGGACUUUAAUAGUUUCCAGGGAAGACGCCAAUCAGUAAAAGCUUCAAAACAAAACCUGAAGAACACCAAAGGUAAAUUGCAGCAUGAAGACAGUGAAGGGGAAUUAUCUGCUGAUCGGCAGCCGUUACAGGCUGCAGCGAGCAUCAGCAGUUUGGGCUCGAGCGUAGGAGAACCUGAGGUUCUCCGUCUCGAUUUGGCAGAGGACUUGCGUGGCCUGAACCCCAGUGACUGUGAAGAAGCUCCAGAUUCUCCCUCAGCGAAGCCCAAGCUGUUCCAGGAGGAGGAGAGAGGGGAGGAAAGUGGAUCUGAUGAUAUUCUAAUGGAGGAUGACCAGGUAGCAGACUUUGCCAGCUCCAUGCUGGCAGCCAUCUCCUGCUGGCAUUACAGAGCCCGAGCUUUGCUUUCCUCUGCCGGGUUCUCAACGGAGGAAAACGGGCAUGAUUUUAAUGAGAAUAACUGCAAAAAUGGAAAUGUCCCACCGACAAGUCAGGAAGAGUCUCACGUGGCCGAGACGCCGUACAGCAGAGAGCAGACUUCAGAGAUCAUAUCACACAUACACAGUACUGCACUUCAUGGCGGCUCCACAGAGGAACUACAGUUGAAGUUUGUGUCUGACACAGAAUCUACUAAAAGGGAAGCACAGGACAGGAAUGACCUUCAUUUUGUGGAACCACAGAAGGGUAAAGAUGAACAAGGGAACUUAAAAGAAGAAAGUGAUGAAGUUGUGCCUCCACUGCAGCAAGAUCUGACUCCAGGAGAGUCCUCGGAGGAGGAGGAGGAGGAUGUCCGGCACCAGACAAAGCCCAGCAGCAUUCUGCCAUCCUCUGUGCUCGACAAGGCUAGCGCCAUUGCUGAACAUUUUGUUACUAGCCCUCGUCGCAGUAGUUUAGUAGGAGAUGAUGUCCGCUCCCUGGGUUGUCCCUCUCCACGCCUACCCAGCCGGACCGGAAGCAGCGUCAGUCUAGCUGAAUUCCGUGAGCGAUCACAACAGAGGGGCAGCACCUCUUCAGAACAGCAAGGACUGAACCAAGAGCAGAUUUCAACAGCAGAUUUCUCCUUUCUGUCCCCAAGUAAUGAUAACCUGUUCGAAUUGGAACGAGGCAUCAAUCGAAGAAGAGAUUCAACUCUCUCUAAGAAAGAUCAGCAGCUUAUUAGCAAGAUCAAGAGCUACUAUGAGAAUGCAGAACAUCAAGAUGCAACCUUCAGCCUCAAGCGCAGAGAGAGCCUCACUUAUAUUCCCAGCGGGCUAGUGAGUAGUUCAGUUAGCCGAUUUAACAACAUUCCAAAGGACAGCAAUCUUGUGGGUGAAUCAUCAGAUCCAGUCACAGGUUCAUCCAUAGAAACUUCUGAAGAACGUACAAUUUUCUACGCAGAGCGGAUUGUUACCAGUGUAUCUACUGAUUCAUUUGAGUCUGACAAAGCCAGAGAUGUAGACUUGUUUGGUUCUGAUCUGGAUGGCACUGCAAAUCUACAUGGAAAAAUCAAACCAGAAAGUCUUGAAGAGAUUUUCCGUCCAUCGGCUGAGAUGAUCAAGGUUUGGCAGGAUAUGGAGAGAGAGGUCACCAGGUCCAAUCAAGAGCACAAAGCCAUAAGGCCCAGAGAACCAGCUCGAUUUAGAGGAACUUGCCCAACAAGCCUUUCCAGGACAAACCCAAACACAGAGGCUCAAGAUGGAGAUAGCAGGAUGCUACUGGAAGGCCUUGGCACUAUUACAGAGGAAUCCUCCACUGUUUCACCAGUCAAGGGCAAAGGAAAAUGCCUGGGUCGUGCAGCCAGUCUGAAUGAGGUUGGCAGGUCCAAAUCUCUGGAGGAAGAAUGCAAGCCUUCCAGAACUUUAAUUCCAAGGAUUGCACAGUUGAGAGCUGAGGCAGAUGAGAAGGAAUGCCCAGAUCCACAGUCAUCAGAAAACACAGAGAAUGCACAGAGUAAGGUUAUCCAUCUUGCACGGAAGUACAGUCAGCGCAUCAAGUGCACUCCUCCUGUGGUCCAGCAAAGAGGCCGGGAUGCAGACACUAUGUUUAUCAAAAGAAAUUUGACAUCUGUGACUGAGGAAAAGCCUCAGAAAGAGAAAGGGAAACCAAACCUGACCCUGUCCCUUACUGCAUGUGACAAGAUGACCCUUCUCGACCAAAAGGCACAAGUUGACUCUACCAGUGCCAACACUAGUGGCAGAGUUUUAUCUCCAAAACGUUCACGCUCCAAGAGCCCUCUGAGCCCAUCCUCUAUGGAGAGCUUCGACUGGCCUGAUGUGCGCGAACUGCGCUCAAAAUACGCCGACAUGCACAGCACGUCUCUACAGCUGCCCACUGCUGCACGGAGCCGCUCUGUACCUGAAAGGAUGACCGACUGCGGCCCGAGGAGACGCUCCAUCUGCAGCACCAGUCUGGCUCUGUCUGGUGCUAGUACAGAGGCUCCAGCCUGCAGGACCCACUCCAGAAAAGACUGGGACGAUGCUCCUGUACGCAUGCACCGAGCCGGCUCUCUGGACCAAAAGCUUGGUGGGCUUUAUCUGAACGACCUACAGAACCUGCAAAACAUUAACGUCAGUAGUAGCUACUACAUCUCGGGUGAGGCCAAUUUACCCAAUGACAAGACGGUCAUUGUUGUAGAGAAGGUUCAUGAAACAGCACCACAAGCUAAAACGGAGGAACCUUUAAAAGAACCACUGGAAAACAAUGAAACUGUGAUGGAAAUGGACAGUGUGGAUGACCACUAUGUACAGAUUCGUUCACCAACCUCUCGUGAGAAGAUCUCAAUAAUGGCCGUUAUUGAUCGCUGCCGUGCUUAUCAGGAAUCGGAGGAAUACCGCCAGAGGGAGGAGCAUGCGUCAAAAGUGGAGAAAAGUAAAGAACUGGACAAAACACCAACCUCCAGUGAACGGUCAGAAGACACCCUCAGAAAUAAUGUAGAAUCUGGGAAAAAGACUGAUGCCAGUCAGCAGAGCGUGGUGAAAAACCUCAGAGAGAAAUUCUUAAAUUUGAGAUAGAAAACUUCACAGAUUCUUUUUUUAAAUGAUGUAUUUUAUUUAUGAUUUCCUUUAGAAGUUUUAAAAUAUUCCCUUCAUUUGUGUAUGUUUAAGAUACACGGUUUUAAUGUAUAUUUAAAAACAUAACUAGAACAUAGAGGUAAAUGUGCUCCGGAUAAGUAUACAUAUAUUGUCGUCAUUUGCCCACCUCUCAUUUCUGUGGUGUAGUCAAGCCUGUGGAAAGUCAUUAAGGUGAAUAUUACCAAUUUUCAAAAUGUCUGCAUAACUCUGUGGUGGAGUUGGUCACGUUUUGAGUGGAGUUUUGUUGUGAAACUAUUGUUUAUUGUAGAUUAACUGACUCAGGUUUCUUUACAGUGGUAAUGAUUGGAAACAGACUUCAAAAUUUUAACAGAUCAUAAAUACUAUUUAUCCAAAAACACAUUUUGGACACAAAUGCUUCUUCUUAAAAGUAUGGUAAAACAGGGUCUCAUGCAUAGGACUGCAUUUUUUCAGUUAUAUAUAGUAUGAUAUUUAUAAGUACACAUAUUUUUCACCAGAUGUGACAUCUGUGACAUAACAGUAUCACUAAUGCACUAAAAUUAAGCAGAUAUAAUCUGUCUGGUAUAUCUGUCAAGGAAAAGGAAAACUUCACAUUGCUCAAGACAUACUUAUUAUUGUGAAUGUACACAUUGCUAUAAAUAUGCCUAAAAAGAUAUUGUGGUGUCCUAUUUGUGCAUAAAGCAGUGUAUUCACACUUUUGAUUUAAUACCUUUCUUUGAGGCUAUGUUUAGAAGUAUUAAACUCUUCAGAAGGUUCCACUCACUACCCCUGUCAACAGUACUCUGUAAGCUUUUCUACAAUAAUGUGUUUCACACCAAACCUACUCUGAAUGACUCUGUUCAUAUCUUAAGUGUUUAAUCAUGCAAAGAAUUUAGAAAAAUCAUGAGGAAAUUUCUUAUCAAAGUCUAUGAAAGUAGCCUUUGUCCUCUGCACAUUGAUAAAUGACCAGAAUGCCCCUUAACAAUUUUUUUAAUUUUCUUCUCUAAAACAAACAACUUUACAUUCACCAUUUACUGUUUAUAGUUUGGCCCAAUGAACCUAAGUGAAGAGAAACAGACUUUAAAUAAUACUGCAAUGUGUGAAUAGAUCACUCAAUUUAGCAGUACAUGACUUGGCAUUUCCUUUUUAAGAAAAACUUGUCCUUUCUUCACCUUUGUGUAUCGUCUGACCACUCAAAAGAAAACUGUGGAACUGGACCACUUGCUUCUUUUGAUCUUUUCCUGUUCAGACUUUUUUCACACUUUGGCACAUUUAGUUUUAACACUGAACUCAACAUUGUAACUGUUGAACAUUAUAUCUUAAUUAUACUGUAUUAUAGUACAUUAUACUGUUUAUCUCUGACCUUUUCAAAUAUGUAUAAACUCCAGAGUGCUGAAAAGGAUUCCAUUGGCAUUCUGAAAGAUGAUUAUCUCUUGUAGAUGAUAUAGAUAAUAUCAUGCAUCAUGUUUUGUGGUUUCAGCACUUAAAAGUCUUAAAUCAGUUGUUUGCACCAAAUGUAACAUGUAAACGUCUGUAUUUUUGUGUAACUCAUAUUUCAUAACACUGUAUGUUCUGUUUAUGUUUUGAUAUUUUCUUUCUCGAGUCUUUUCUUCGUUGCUC